AACGACAAUUUUGAUUGGCUUAUGUUUGUAAGCUUUUAUUUUAUUUUACCUAAGAACGUAUUAUUUUAAAUAUUUUUGGUAAUGUUGCACACUUUACUGUUUAAUGUAUUAAAAUUGUAUGCCUAUUAUUUCUAUCACUACUAGAAUUUUUCAAACAUACACACAAUUUAUAACUUUCGAUUACACGUCUAAAUAAGUCGUUGUCAAGGAAAUCUACAAUCUCCUACGCAGUGGUCUCCCUUAUACUAGUUAAUGACCGGGCGAAUGCCCAAGGGAAGUAACUGCAGUGAGGAGUUUGGGAAAUCUAACCAAUCAGAAAUCGCCAUGUAUGGGUUACUGAAACAGUUUCCGCUCAAGACGUCAAAUGUUAGGUGAACUAUGGACGGGGCUUUUAGCCUGUUUAUACUCCAAUCUGAGACCAAUGUUUAAAUGGGCAUUGAGAUGGGCCACUGGGAAGUGCGAGUUGCUACGCCUGUCAUACCAACAUUCACCAGGGGCAUUAAGGACCAAGAGCAUUGAAUAUAGUUUGAAGCAUUCCAAAAAUGGCCAGCUUAACCGUUUAGUGAAAGAAGCAGACACAAACAUUGAUGCAGCAGUGGUUAUAGUUAUGAAGACCAAAUAUAUUUACCCAGAGGUUCAUUCCAGAUUUGAGUCAAUAUUCAGACAAAGUUUAGUCCAAAUAAAUGGGUAUAUUAAACUGCAACAAACUGUUGAAGAAUUGAGACUGGUGAAAUAUUCAAGUGAAAAUGCAGACCAUGAAAAAAAACUUAUGAAGUUAUGGGGCUUGUUAGAGGAAGAGAAGUUGACCUCCCGUGUGAGCUCUCAGUGGAAGACACUUGGCUUCCAAGGGGAUGACCCUAUGACAGACUUCCGGGGUAUGGGUAUCCUGGGGCUGGAGCAGUUGAUCUAUUUUAGUAGCCAUUACCCAAAGGAGGCUAAAUCUAUAUUGUCAAGAUCUCAUCAUCCAACCACAGGGUGUUCCUUUGCCAUAGUGGGCAUCAACAUGACUGAGCUGGUGUACACACUACUGAAAAAGGGCCAUCUAAGAACCCACUUCUACAAUGGCACUCAGUCACCACCCAGCCUGCAGGACUAUCAUGAAGUCUAUUGUUAUGCAUUCAGUGAGUUUGACGCAUUCUGGUUGUCAGAGAAACCAAAAGAUGUCAUGGAAUUCGGACCAGUUCGAGAGAAAUAUCGGAAAAAAUUGACGGCUAAACUCAAAGAAAAUAACAUGGUCCUUACUGCUAAGUUUCAAGAUACUUCAAGCUAAUUUUUAUGCCCCCGGUAGGGUGGCAUAUAGCAGUUGAACUGUCCGUCAGUAUGUGUGUAUGUCAGUCUGUCCGUCUGUCCGGAAAAAAACUUUAACGUUGACCAUAACUUUUGCAUUAUUGAAGAUAGAAACUUGAUAUUUGGCAUGCAUGUGCAUCUCACGGAGCUGCACAUUUUGAGUGGUGAAAGGUGAAGGUCAAGGUCAUCCUUCAAGGUCAUAUUCCUGUAUCUGUCCAAAAACUUUAACAUCGGCCAUAACUUUUUCACUAUUGAAAAUAGCAACUUGAUAUUUGGCAUGCAUGUGCAUCUUAGGAGCUGAACAUUUUGAGUGGUGAAAGGUGAAGGUCAAGGUAAUCCUUCAAGGUCAAAUGUCAAAUAUAUGGCGUCUGUCCGUCCGAAAACUUUAGCAUUGGCCAUAACUUUUGCAAUAUUGAAGAUAGCAACUUGAUAUUUGGCAUGCAUGUGUAUCUCAUGAAGCUGCACAUUUUGAGUGGUAGAAGUUCAAGGUCAAGGUCAUCCUUCAAUGUCAUAGGUCAAAAAAAAAAUCAAAGCGGCAUUCUCAUGAAGCUGCACAUUUUGAGUGGUGGAAGUUCAAGGUCAAGGUCAUCCUUCAAGGUCAAAGGUCCAAAAAAAUUAAUUAUUUCAAAGUGGCGCAAUAGGGGCCGUUGUUUUUCUGACGAACACAUAUCUUGUUCGUUCCUGUGAUAAACUGUUAACAAAUGUCUUGACAAGUUGUUAUUUUUUCAUGCGCGUGAUUGUGUUCUUCUUAACUGUUGGUAAUUUUCUUUACUUGUAAGGUGCAUAAAUAUAUACAUUGUGAUUCAACGUGAACAGUUGCAGAUUACAUGGUCACAUUGUAUUCUUUUCAGAUAACAUUUAUGUACAUUUUAAAGGGAUCUUUUCACGCUUUGGUAAAUUGACAAAAUUGAAAAAAGUUGUUUCAGAUUCGCAAAUUUUCGUGUUAGUUAUGAUAUUUGUGAGGAAACAGUAAUACUGAACAUUUACCAUGCUUUAAUAUAGCCAUUAUAUGCAUCUUUUGACGAUUAUAAAACCUAAAAAUUAUAAAGCGUUGCAACGCGAAACGAUUGAAUAAUUUGGAGAGUUCUGUUUUUGUCGUUAAAUUUUGUAUAACUACGAAGAUUGCUUAUAUAAGGUAUAAAAUACGUGGCAUAUGUGUACUCGGCGGAAUAGCUCAGUAGGCUAAAGCGUUUUUACUUCAGGACUCUGGCAGGACUCCAGGGGUUACUGGUUCGAAACCUGCUCCGGGCAAUGUUCUUUUCCUUUUUUUAAUUUUAUUCUUGAUUUUUUACUGGAGCUUUUACGAUCCAAUGUUUACAUUUAUCAAUAUAAAGCAUUUAAUGAAUAAGUUAAAAAAUGCCAAAAUCUGUGAAAAGGCCCCUUUAAAGUUCAAUGUAAAUUACUGAUGAUUUCAUAUAGUUUUUUAACAAUUUAUCUAUUACUGUUUUUCUUUAUAAGCUAAAAUGGAGUAGCAUUUUUGCAAGUGUAAAUUUGCCACAUGUAUGUUAUUUUUCUCUCUUUAUCUGUUUGAUCAAGAAAUGUGCUUUAAUACAAAAAUGUACUUUAUGAGUUUGUGAAAAGUUGUGACACUUUGUGAAGAGAUUUUUAACUUCGCACACAAAUUACUACACACAAAAAUAACUACACAAUAAAUAAACAUGUAUAACAUGUACAACACAUAAUAUUCAAAAUUAUUCAUUGUCUGAUACUUAUUUAGAAUUGGGAAAGAUUUUGCAGAAAAAUGGUUGUAAUGGUCACUAGUAAUUUAAAAUUUAAUGAAUAUGGUAAAAUUUCAGAUUUUUGUUAAAAUUUGAACACAAGUUAUUGUCUUGCAAUAUGGCUGGUCCAUGGGAUUAAUGUGUUCAUAUUUCAAUUAGAUGAUGUUGUGACUGUCAUUCAUUUAAUGUAUUUAAGUUUAUGUCAGAUGGGUAGAUGGUUUUUUUAAGAUAAAGUACCCCUACUUAAAACUACCAACUGCCAUUUUGCUUCACUUUACAAGCGACAUAGAGUACAUGUAUUUACUUUAAUAGGUAAAAAUGAUAAAUCCUUUUCUUUUCUUGCCAAAAAAGUUAAAUCCAUUCUCCCAUCAUGAACUGUCUCAAUAUGCUACAAUAUGGCUUCACAAGCUAAAUAGAGUAUUUGCUUUGAAAAGAUAAAAGUGAAUAUCAGGGCUUUUCAUCAGGAAAUUGGGAAGAGGCCUUUCAAAUUGGGAAUUUCAUGCGCGAUAACUGCUCAUUUUGGGAAGACCGUGUUUUUAAAAGUUUUUGAAACAGGGUCUUUUUCAUUGUGCAGAAGUAUUAAAAGACACAUUGUGGUGCUUUCUUAAUCAUAUUAGAGCUCAUUGCUUUCAAUUUUGGAGAUGCCCAAAAUGUCUUCCUUUUUUUUUGGGGGGGGGGGGGGGAAAUUCCUCAUUAAUUUUGGGAAAAAAUGACCUAAUUUUCGAUUGGGAAGGGGCCAAAAUUAAGGGGCCGAAUUUCGGCCCUUGUUAUAUAAGAGUGAAAAGCCCUGAGUGAUACAUAUUAUUUUGACAGAAGAAGCUAAGAUUUUUCAUUAACUGUAUUUAUUUAUAUAUUCUAUGUUAUCCCUUGCAACAGUUAUUGAUCAUGUUUGUUGUCGAGGUAUUUUUUACUUCCUUGUUUGCAGCAGGGUUCAAGAAUAUUCUGAAAGAGUUGAAAACCAUUUUCAUGAACUGUAUAUGCUUUGGUAUACUAAAAUACACAAUACCAGUAGGCGGACAUGUUUAAUGGGAAUUUUACUAUCUGUAAUUUAUUGCAUGGUAGUAUGUUAUCAUUGCAUUGCUCAUUGAUAGUUUAUAGAGAAAUUUAAUAAAAUUUGACCAUACCUUGUUGUUAUAGCAUG